CACCCGCCGCCAUGGCAGGAGCCGCAGCGAGCCCAGCUGAGGCCCGGACACCACCGCUCCUUUCUCCCCGUCAGCAUAACUGCGCCGCCGCCGCCGAUCCCGCGGCAACGGAGGCCCAGGCAGCGACUAAGAGUGCGCGUGCGCGCGUAUGUGACCCACUCCGCCCCGCCGCCAUUUUUCUGUGCUUUCUGCGCACGCUCAUCUUGUCGCGCACGCGCGCUAGGCUCGGGCAAGCUGGCCGGCCCGACGAAGGGGUUGACCCUGACCAUGGCGGCGGCAGAGGCUGGGGCCCUGCCCGCUGAGGAGCGCGUGGGGCAGGUGGUGCUGCCGGGGGACGUGUUGCUGCUGCCCGCCCACCCCGAGGCGGAUGGGGAGCGGCUGUGGCUGGGCCCGGGCGCCGCUCUGCCGGGCCGGUUGGUGUGCGGGCCGGGCCUGAGGAGCUGCGGGGCCGGGCUGCUGGUCACCAAGUGCGGGCUGCUGCGCCACCGCCAGGCGGGCGGGGCCGGAGGCGGCUCCGGCGGGGCCUACUGGGUGGACUCCCAGCAGAAGCGGUAUGUCCCAGUCAAGGGAGAUCAUGUGAUAGGCAUAGUGACUGUCAAGGCAGGUGACAUAUUCAAAGUGGAUGUCGGUGGAAGUGAGCAAGCUUCUUUGUCCUACUUGGCAUUUGAAGGUGCAACCAAAAGAAACAGACCAAAUGUGCAGGUGGGAGAUCUUAUUUAUGGUCAAUUCAUUGUAGCCAAUAAAGACAUGGAACCAGAGAUGGUCUGUAUAGACAGCAGUGGAAGAGCGAAUGGAAUGGGAGUAAUUGGACACGAAGGCCUGUUGUUUAAGGUUUCUUUAGGUCUAAUAAGAAAGCUUUUAGCUCCCAAUUGUGAAAUCAUUCAGGAAUUGGGACAACUCUACCCUUUUGAGAUAGUGUUUGGAAUGAAUGGAAGAAUAUGGGUAAAGGCAAAAACAAUUCAACAGACUUUAAUUGUGGCAAAUAUCUUGGAAGCCUGUGAGCACAUGACAGCAGAACAAAGAACACAAGCAUUUGCCAAACUAUCAGAGAGAUGAUGUAAAGAAAACAUCUUGGGUUCUUUUCAGUCUUUGCAAUGAUUGUAAUAUUUUUGUAUUCAGAUGUAUAUUAAUAACUCAUUUUUAAACUU